AUGCGUCACACGGACCGUAUUCCUUCACCAACUUAUGUCCAGCCCCGUUCUGCCGAUGGGACGGAGCCACGCAGCACCAAAGUCCCGCCCAAUCAGAAACUGUACCACUGUAAGUACCACCGUAAGUACCACCGUAAGUACCACCGUAAGUACCCCUGUAAGUACCACCGUAAGUACCACCGUAAGUACCACCGUAAGUACCACCGUAAGUACCACCGUAAGUACCACUGUAAGUACCACCGUAAGUACCACCGUAAGUACCACCGUAAGUACCACCGUAAGUACCACCGUAAGUACCACCGACCAGACGGCAGAGGCUCAGAGCAGCAGUGUGUUAAAGUCUUGGACACAGAUGGUUCCGACGGUUUGGACUUCGCAGAGUCUCUGAUGGUAGGCCUGGACCCCCUGAACUACCAGAAGGCUCCAAGCCUAACACCAUCAACAUCAUCAACAUGGUUUAUAGAAAAUAAAUUCUAA